AUGGCAGAAGCAGUCACUGACUCGAAUGAAGAUGUGUUGGGGGAAACAGAGGACUUCGAACCUCUAGAAUCAGAGGAUGAUGGUACCUUCCAACAAGUCACCAACCUCCUGAACGUCAUGGACAGUGAGUCAGCGAAGACAGAUACUACAGGGUCAGGUUUGGACGUGCGGAAGACCUUGGCCUCAGUAAUAAUCACAGAGAAGGCCACCACCCAUCCUUCUGCGGUGAUGAAUGCUCUCAUCCGCUGCCUGAAGGUGCCGGAGAUUUCCACCCAGCGCAAGGUGAACAUCUACAGCAUCCUGCAGAUCAUCGAGCUAGAGGAACGCUGUGUGCAGAGGCUGGUGGCCAUAGCCUCCAAGGAGAUGAGGGAUAUCCCCGAGACGGAGGGCUUCGAGAAGGCAGAGGUGGACAGCAACACUCUGGUGGCUCUGUCCCAGAACCACUUCAGCUUGGGCAUGUACGAGCUGCAGCACCACCUCAAGCCGCUGAACCUCACCAACGAGUUCGUCAUUGUCACCCUGGCCAAGCUGGCCAAUGGCAACGUGUUUGAGUUCGUGCCAUAUAUGGGCAUCACCCUGGCUACCAUAUUCAUGAUGCUGAGACUUGCCAACGAAGCCAAGAUGCGCCAGGUGAUCUGUAGUGCCAUGGAGACUUUCUGUGAGAUGGUGCAGCUUUACCUGAGACACCUGGAGGACAGCCUGUAUCCCGUGAUGACGGAGGACUACUUUGUCUACUUUGUGACUGUGUAGCUGCAGCACCAAAACCCUGAGGUAAAGCUGGGGGUCAUCAAGUCCCUAAGGCCAAUGCUGAGCCUCCUCUUGCCCAAUGAUGACCUGCGGGAACAGGUCUAUGACUACAUCCCCCUGUUGCUGGCUGAGUUCCAGGGUGGCCUGGAGGCCCUCUUCAUCACACAGGUCUUGAGGCGGAUUCUGGAAGUGUCAGUCACCACCAACACUCCCAUUCCCCCAGUGCUGCUACAUCCCAUUUUCACAGAACUGUAUGUCCAGGUGUGCAACAAGGCCCCCGCCCCCUAGCACCAGUUCAGCAGCCAGAACUUGGCGGAGAUCCUGCAGUGCUUCAUAGCCCCGGCCCGUUCCUACCCCAAGGAGCUGAUGAACUCCUUCAGCCAGGUGGAGAUGAGCAGGGAGGCCGUCUGUUUGGGGACGCUGUCCCUGAUCAGGGCAGUGGUGAGCGCGGAUGAUCCCAAAAUGAACAUGAAGACAAUAUACCUGGCUAUCCGGGUUGUCAGGAACACCCUUUCUGAUACCCGGCCCAAGGUAAGGAUGGCAGUUUUGUGCAUCAUUGGCCAGCUGGUUCAGUCCGGCUUCCAGGAAAAGAUCAAAGACUGUCUGAAAUAUGUGUCCACGCAGCUGACCUUAUCCACUUAUAAGCUGACAAAUCAUCGGGAGUGCUUUUAUCAGAGGGACUUGGAGGAGAAAAUGGUCUACAAAGUCACCAUUAAUACUGUGAAGAUCAUAACUUCCUCUCUCAGCGGCAUGACCAAUGAGUUCUGGGUGAGGCUCCUGUGUUAUAUCAUGGAGACAGACUAUACAGAGGCCUUGACCCCAAUCUGCAUCAGCCUCACAAACCUGGCAGAGAACCAGAUCCAUGGCAAGGACACAGAGGCUGGCAUGGCCGGCAAGAGCAAGCAUGUAGACCUGCCUGCACCCCAGAAGCUACUGGCCCGUCUCCUGGUGUUGAUGUCAUCACUCUGCAAAGGAGAGGGUCGUGGGAUAGCCAUGCUCAACCUCCUGAGGACCCUGAGCCAGAGCAGCCCCUCCAUGGCCGACAUGUGGGAGAUAGAGAUCCCGCUGUUGGUCCAGUACCUGGAAGACCACACUGAAUUUACGUGGAACCAGAAGACCUGGGAGGACAAGUUAAUUCAGUUCCUGAGAAACUCCCUCAAGAAGACCUGUGGGACCAGCUGGAGCCUGCGCCUGAGCAGAGAGCUGAACAACCAGGUUGAGACCUUCCACAGCCCUUCUUUGGAAAAGGGCUUUCUGUACAGGGCCUUGGGCUUCACCUUAGGCAGGAGCCUGCAGACCUACAGGGUGGAGGUGCUGCUGCUGGAGCUGCUCUACAAGACCGACUACAGCAAGGACUUUGACCGGGAGGGCGUGAUCCUGUGCUUUGGCCUGUGUGCCCGGAGCCAGGUGAAGGCCGUGCUGAACGUGCUCCAGGACUUUGAAGAGAAGAUCCAGGAGUCAGAGCAGUCCUGGCAGAUUGGCACCUGGAGGAAGGACCACCCCUGGAGGCGGGAGACUGUGAAGCGUGCCCUCAUGAUGAUGUAUGGCUGGUCGUCCUCCUGCCACCCCCAGAUGCUCCUCACCCACGUGGACAGCCCCAUCACGACCAAGAUCAUUCACCACUACUCCAGCAGCUGCCAGGUAACCGUCAUCUGGCUCUGGAUCCUUCCUUGAGCCAUACCGGUGGAGAAUCGGCCUAAAAAUGUACACAGGAAAUGCCACCCAGGAGACAUCAGGGCUUCCUGCCUGGCCAGCCUCUGGGGACUGGGCGUGGCGAUCAUCAAGGCAGAACCGGGUGACCAUUUGGUUUCUCCCGUGUGGACAAUGGCGAUGGGCGCUCUUUCACAACUGAGCACACUGAAGCCUUUCUACUCCUCAGAGGAAAGCAGUGAGCUGAUGGACAUCAGCAUACAUGCUGUCAUUUCUCUCCAACCCCCAGGGGAAGACAACGAACCCAUUAAGACCCUGUAUGCAAAUGCCCUGAGCUCCCUGAAGCAGCUGAUGGAGGGCCUCAUGCAGAGGCAGCUGGAUCCCAAAGGGCUGCAGGAGACUGUGCACCUCCUGGAGAACUGGAUCUUGUCAGAAGAGUGGGAACGAGAGAAGGCCAUGACCCUCCAUCUCCAUCUCAUGCAGAUCUACGUUCAAAGAAUUGGUGUCUGUGUGACUCUGUUGUCUCUUUUCCCUCGGAUCCCCCUAAAGCUGGGACAGUUUGGCACACUGGUGGGACUCAUUGCUCCAUGCACCUGUGACCCCCACAGAACUCGUCUGGCUUCAACUAAUGUCCUGUCCAGCCUGCUAGAUCUUCAUGUAAGCCAGAUAUGUUCCUUAUGGGGAGAGCCUAAGGAGAGGGAGCUGGAGAAAUGUAAGGAGGACCGCCAGGGCACAGACAUGGAGAAGAUUUUUACUGCUUCCUCCAGAAUCGCCAAGGUGGUCUGCCCUGAGUUUAACUGCGAAGAGGUUGUGUCGCUCACCCAGAAGCUCUGUGAGAACACUGGAGCCAUGGACUUGCGGCACGACAAGGCCACUGUCAUCUGGAUAGGCAUCUUCCUCCAGAUGCGGGUCACGGAGAUAGAGGACAAGGUAGCUGAGAUCCAGGGUGCCAUCCUGGUCCACUUGCCAGUAGUAGACCACCCAGAGGUGAGGCGGUGCCUCAUCGAAGGCAUCCUCUUGCUGGCCCACUACCACCAAGAGACCGUCCUCACGUCACUCCUGAGGCAGCCACUGCCCAUGGAGAGCCACCUAACAUAAGUGUGGCUGGCUGUGGCAGAGAACAUGCCCUUUGCACGGACCAUGCUCCAUGGUCUGCUGGGCCAGCUGCAGUCGAGUUUCACCCCCAGGAAAAAUGCCACCUCGAAGGCUGACAUCUGGCGCCUGGCAGCCGUGGACCCUCUGAUGGUGAACCUCUGCACCAUCCCCCUCCUCAUGGAGAAGAUGGGGCCGGAUGACAGACUCCAGGGCCUCUUCCCCGACCUGCUCUAUACCUUCGUGCUGAAGCUCAGCAGCACUCGGCCAGAGGCCACCUCUCCCAUCCUGAAGACCUGGAGGCUGGUCCCCACAGGACCCCUGCCCCAGGAGAUGACCCUGCAGAGGGUCACGGUCAGAUCCCUGCAGCUUUUGGUCAGGAGGAUCAACAGAGAGCCCCUGGCACAGGCACUGGAGGAGCAGUCUGUGUGGACCCUGCUGGAGAAUGGAGGGACCUUCCUGGAAGGAGUGAGCCUGCUGGCCAGGCUGUGCGUGCAGAACGUGGAGUGCUACAUGCAGAGGCUGGUGGAGCUGGUGCUCAGGGGCAUGGGCUCCGAGGUCCUGAGCUGCAGGGUCAGUAGCACAGCCAUCUGUGUGGAAUUCAUGAGCCACCGGGUUCUGUACCAGGAGAAGCUGCUGAGGCCGGCACUGGUGAUGCUGGAGAAGGGUGUGGGGCAGGACAAAGACGAAGUCCUUCAGGUGCUCUCCCUGCAUGCCCUGGGCAACAUGGCCCUCGGUGCUUCCCGGAAGGUGAAGCAGUACCGCAAGCUCCUGCUGGAGAAGUGCUUGAGUCCCUUGCACAGCCAGGCGAGCAGCAGUGUGAUAGCAGAAAGCAUGGAGGCCCUGACCAAGAUCCUGGCUGAGCUCCGAGAGGGGGACCUGGCCUCUUUUGAGGCCAUCUCUGAACAGUGCGGGGCUUUCUUUGACAACGAGAGUGGGCUUCUGCGCAUGAAGGCAUUUGUCCUCUUCUGGAAGCUUGCAAAGGUGGUUGGGAUUUCCAAGAAGCAUUUCUUCAAAGGGGAGGUGAAGAAAGUCUGCAUCCCGCUCCUGCAGCACUGCCAGGACCCCUUCUCCAGCGUGGCCCAGGAAUGUAUGGUUACCAUGAUUCAGUGUGUACACUUCUGGGGCUCGAGGUCCCUGGAGAGCCUCUUGGGGCGCAGCGAUGACAGCACCAAUGACCAGAUGAUGGUUUUCCAGACAAACAUGUGCUCCAUCCUGGCCCAGAAAAAGCCUGCUGUUCUCCGUAGCUUCCUGCUGGAAACGAUGACUUAUGUGAAAAGUGACUUGUCAUGGAUCAGAAUCACUGCCUGCAGCCUGGCAGUGAUUAUCGUCAAGCACAUGUCUGCCCAUUACCUGAAGAAGAUGGACCUCCCGGGACUUCGGAAUUCUAAGCUGGAUUGAGAGGCUGGGGUCAGGAGGGCUGCCCUGGAGACCCUCAAAGUCCUGGAUGGCUGCGGCUAGCAGUGGCUCUUGGCUUCACCCAGAGGGCUGCCCUAA